AUGGCGCAGCGGCCGCCUUUGCUGGCUGACUCGAGUUCAUUGCCCGCCCUCCAGGAAGUGCCUGCGAGUGGCAAGCUGGCCGGCAAGAGGGGGGCCGAGCGGAGGCGAGUGCUGGGCGACCUGUCCAACAGGAAUUGGCCAGGUGGCGACGCUGGACAGAAGCCCUUCCACGAAUCGCGAGUACCACCUCAGACCCCGCGACGACGACCAUUCGAAGUUUUCGUUGGAGGCGAAAACGAUUCUGGUGGGACAGUCGCUGUCAACAAAGCCCGCCCCUCGCUUCGAGAUCCCUUCUCAGCACCGAGGAUGCUGCCAAGAAACAGGACUGGCAUCGAUGAGGGAGAUCUUCCAGACGUGGAUCAUGCCGACCUUACGGAGGAACAGGGCAGCUUCUGGCAACCACUGUGGGAGGGCGGACCUGGAGAUCCACGAAUCCUGGCAGAAGGCCUCGGCAAGGCCAUGGAGCUUGCGGACUUGGAGGCACAGUGGCUGGACCAUUGUGCCUCGUUUCCUCCGAUUCCCAUGGUGGAGGAAUGGUCCGGCAGGCUAACUCCUGAAAGGAUCAAGGAUGACUCCUUCUGUAUGCCCUCUCCACCGUCCAUCUCACCAUUCAAGAUGGAGCUCGACCUGGACAUGGAAGGCUGA